UCCACCUCCCCCGCCUCCCUCACCCCCACCCCCGCCUGCCAAGCCUCCACCACCACCCACCCUGGUGCAGACCCACAUUUGCCCCCAAGGGAACGUUGACGUGCCGUACUCUGUUGGAAAUCUGUACAGCACUCCAACAACAGACAUGUACGGAAACGCCGCUGUGGCCAUGUGCGUUAAAGUGGCCAAGAAGACGUGCAAGACGUCCUCCAAGUGCUGCGCUAUUGACUUUGCCAAGGUCGAGCUUCCAAUCAACAGCACCUGCAAGCCUGACGUCCGGGAGAUCCGGAUCAACAACGCCCCAGUUGCGUACAGCUGGGGUUUCUACGAUACCUUCACCACGCUCAAGUUCGUCAGCUUGACCAAGUACAUGCCGAGUCCCGAUAGCGGCAGUCUCUGCUGGGUGGUGCGUCAGGGCACGUGCGCGCGUCCGGAGACCUUCUGCUACAAUGGCCACUGUCAGGUGAACUACUAUUCCUCUGACAACAAGUGCUGUCCUGCGACUCUGGUAUCCUAGGAGGGGGAGGGUUGCGCAGCAGCAGUGCAUGGAUGACAGACAUGGCGUGCACAACAUUUACAUUAUAACGCUUGUGACAAGUGAUUGCGAAUGAAUGAACCUAGAUUGCGCACCAUUGUGCGGGUCCGAGUCACUUACAACUGAGCCUAUACGGCAUAGCAUGACGCGUCAUAUUUUUCUGGUCCUACGUGACAUGAAGACUUGUACAUAGUAACUUGGUUUCCAGACUUAUUUCUUCUGCUGCUCCUCUUCUACCUAAUGUUGAAUUCAUCAUGCUGGUCUACAUGGCUUUUGUUGGUACGGCGGGUUUGAGUUGAUGUCUUCAUGUCAUGCUUCCUCUCAGGAUUCUCUCUCAUUGUGCACUGCGGGGGGUCAGCAAUGGUUGGCCGGGUACUGAUUUCGUUAACUCUUGAGGCGAGCUCUGUCCCACUGGACUCAGGCCCAAGAUUGAACCUCAUUGUAAAGUCUUCUUGAUCAUG